ACAGCUUUUGCUUUAAUCCCAGACCUUAAUAGUCAUCAGAAAAAUCAUGCUGGUGAAUUGCCUUAUAAAGGAGAUGAAUAUGGUACAGGCCUUAUCCAUCAAUCAUCUCUUAGUUUACAUCAGAGAGUUCAUAAAAGAGAGACAUUGCAUGGAUGUAAUCAAUGUUGGAAGGUCUUUUUUCGGAGCACAGAUCUUAUUAACCAUCAGAAAAUGCACAGACCAGAAAAACUUCAGAGCUCAUCCAUUAUUUCACACCAGAAGAUUAAUUCUAUAGAGAAACUUUAUAAAUGUAAUCAUUGUGGAAAGACUUUUAGACAAUCUUCCAAUCUGAUUGUACAUGAAAGGAUACAUACUGGAGAAAAACCCUAUAAAUGUAAUGAAUGUGGGAAGGCAUUCAGCCAAAGCUCAUCUCUUAUGACACAUUACAGGACUCAUUCUGGAGAAAAACCUAACAAAUGUAAUGAAUGUGGGAAAGCCUUCAGUCAGAGCUCAUCCCUUAUUGCUCAUCAAAGGAUUCACACUGGAGAGAAGCCCUAUAAAUGCCACCAAUGUGGGAAAGCCUUCAGCCAUAGUUCAUCCCUUAUUGCUCAUCGAAGGGUUCACUCCAGAGAAAAACCUUACCAAUAUAAUCAAUGUACAAAAGCUGUCAUAAAGCCUCUGAAACUUAUAGUACAUCAGAGAAUUAACACUGGAGAAAAACCCUAUAAAUGUAAUGAAUGUAAUAAGGUCUUCAGGUGGAGGGCAAAGCUUAUUUCACAUAAAAGAAUUCAUACUGGAGAGAAAUCUUAUGAAUGUAAUCAGUGUGGAAAAGCUUUCAGAAAGUCCUCCAAACUUCAAAUUCAUCAGAAGAUUCAUACAGAAGAGAAGCUGUAUCGAUAUAAUGAGUGUGGGAAGGCCUUUCCCCAAAAUGUAUCCCUUAUUGUACACCAAAAGAUUCAUUCUGAAGAAAAUCCUUAUAAACGUAAUCCAUAUGGAAAGAAUUUUAGAAAGCCUUCCAAACUUGAGGUACAUCAGGUGAUUCAUACUGGAGAAAAGUCCUAUAAAUGUCAUGACUGUGGGAAGGUCUUUAGUGAAAACUCAUCCCUGAUUGCACACAAGGCGAUUCAUACCCGAGAGAAAUCUUACAAAUGUGAUCAGUGUGGAAAGGCUUUUAGACAGUCGUGCAACCUUGCUGUACAUCAGAGGAUACACACCAGAGAGAAGCGUUAUAAAUGUAAAGCGUGUGGGAAGGUCUUCAGUGAAAGGUCAUCUCUUAUGGGACAUCAGAAGAUACAUUCUGGAGAGAAACCUUAUAAAUGUAAGGAAUGUGGGAAUGCCUUCAGACAGAACUCAUCCCUUAUUGCCCAUCAACGGAUUCAUACUGGAGAGAAGCCCUAUAAAUGUGGUGAAUGUGGGAAAGCCUUCAUCCGGGGCUCAUCUUUUAUUGCCCAUCAAAGGAUUCAUACUGGAGAGAAGCCCUAUAAAUGUAAUGAAUGUGGAAAUGCUUUCAGCCACAGUUCAUCUCUUAUUGCACACCAGAGGAUUCAUACUGGAGAGAAGCCCUUUAAAUGUAAUGAAUGUGGGAAGUCUUUCAGUCAUAUUUCAUCCCUUAUUGCACAUCAGAGGAUUCAUACUGGAGAGAAGCCCUUUAAAUGUAACGAAUGUGGAAAGUGUUUCAGCCAGAAGUCAUCCCUUAUUGUACAUCGGAGGAUUCAUUCUGGAGAGAAACCUUAUAAAUGUAAUCAAUGUGGAAAGACUUUUAGAAAGCCUUCCAAACUUGAAGUACAUCAGGCGAUUCAUACUGGAGAAAAGUCCUAUAAAUGCAAUGAUUGUGGGAAGGUCUUCAGUGAAAACUCAUCACUCACUGCACACAAGGUGAUUCAUACUGGAGAGAAACCUUACAAAUGUGGUCAGUGUGGAAAAUCUUUUGGACAGUCCUGCAACCUUGCUGUACAUCAGAGGAUACACACCAGGGAGAAGCGUUAUAAGUGUAAAGAGUGUGGGAAAGUCUUCAGUGAAAGGUCAUCUCUUAUGGGACAUCAGAAGAUACAUUCUGGAGAGAAACCUUAUAAAUGUAAAGAAUGUGGGAAUGCCUUCAGACAGAACUCAUCCCUUAUUGCCCAUCAACGGAUUCAUACUGGAGAGAAGCCCUAUAAAUGUGCUGAAUGUGGGAAGGCCUUCAGCCGGAGCUCAUCUUUUAUUGCCCAUCAAAGGAUUCAUACUGGAGAGAAGCCCUAUAAAUGUAAUGAAUGUGGAAAUGCUUUCAGCCACAGCUCAUCUCUUAUUGCACACCAGAGGAUUCAUACUGGAGAGAAGCCCUUUAAAUGUAAUGAAUGUGGGAAGUCUUUCAGUCAUAUUUCAUCCCUUAUUGCACACCAGAGGAUUCAUACUGGAGAGAAGCCCUUUAAAUGUAAUGAAUGUGGAAAGUGUUUCAGCCAGAAGUCAUCCCUUAUUGUACAUCGGAGGAUUCAUUCUGGAGAGAAACCUUAUAAAUGUGAUCAGUGUGUAAAGGCUUUCAUAAAUGCCUCCAAACUCUCUGUACACAAGAGGAUUCAUACUGGCGAGAAGCCCUAUAAAUGUAACGAAUGUGGGAAAGCUUUCAGCCGCAGUGCAAAUCUUAUUGUACAUCAGAGGACUCAUACUAGAGAUAAAUCUUACAAAUAUAAUCGUCAAAAGACUUUUGGACAGUCCUCCACUCUUGUUCAGAAGAAAAUUAAUCCUGGAGAGAAGCUCUGCAAGGAUAAUGAAAGUGAGAAAGCCUUCACUCUGAACUCUUAUCUUAUUGGACUUGAAAGAAUUCAUACUGGAGCAAAACCUUCUAAAUCUAAUUGAGGUGGGAAUGCCCUUAGCUGGAUGGUGAAACUUAUCACAUCAGAAAAUUAAUAUUGUUCAUGAAUAUAUAGUAUUUGAUGCAUUUUUUAAAGUUUAUUACAUCCAUCAUGUCAUAGUGCUACACAUUAUUCAUGGAUUGUAGUUUCUUUAGUCAUCCUAUACAUGAUGGCCUACCACUUUGUUUCCAAUUUUCUGCUACCAGAAAAAUUGCUGCUGUGAAUAUUUUGGCAUAUGGUCAAUCUUUUAAGGGCAACUGGUGGUGCAGUGAAUAGGACUAGACUAGGACUGGAGUCAGGAAGAUCUGACUUGAAAUCUGGCCUCAGUAAUUAUUAAUUAUGUGACCCUAAGACAAAUCCCUUAACCUUGUUUGCCUAAGUUUCCUCAUCUGUAAAAUAAGCUAGAGAAGGAAGUGGUAAGCCAUUCUAGUAUCUCUGCCAAGA